CUGAUUGGCGCCAAGAUGGCGAUGGAGAUGAGGCUUCCCGUCGCUCGCAAGCCUCUUAGCGAGAGCCUGGGCCGCGAGACGAAAAAACACCUGGUAGUGCCGGGGGACACGAUCACCACGGACACAGGCUUCAUGCGGGGCCAUGGGACCUAUAUGGGGGAAGAGAAGCUCAUUGCAUCCGUGGCUGGCUCUGUGGAGAGAGUAAACAAGCUGAUCUGUGUGAAGGCUUUGAAAACCAGAUAUAAUGGUGAAGUGGGAGACAUUGUAGUGGGGAGAAUCACAGAGGUUCAACAGAAGAGGUGGAAGGUGGAGACCAACUCCAGGCUGGAUUCAGUCUUGCUUCUCUCAUCCAUGAACCUUCCGGGAGGAGAGCUGAGGAGAAGAUCGGCAGAAGAUGAGCUGGCGAUGAGAGGCUUCUUGCAGGAAGGGGACCUUAUCAGUGCUGAGGUCCAGGCAGUGUUCUCUGAUGGAGCCGUCUCUCUGCACACGAGGAGUCUCAAGUAUGGGAAACUAGGCCAGGGCGUUUUGGUUCAGGUCUCGCCCUCCUUGGUGAAACGGCAGAAGACUCACUUCCAUGACUUGCCAUGUGGUGCCUCAGUGAUCCUGGGCAACAACGGCUUCAUCUGGAUCUACCCAACACCGGAGCACAAAGAAGAGGACGCAGGGGGCUUCACUGCAAACCUGGAGCCUGUCUCCCUUGCUGAUCGAGAGGUGAUCUCCCGGCUUCGGAACUGCAUUGUCUCGCUGGCAACUCAGAGGAUGAUGCUGUAUGAUACCAGUAUCCUGUACUGCUAUGAAGCAUCCCUUCCACAUCAGAUCAAAGACAUCUUAAAGCCAGAAAUAAUGGAGGAAAUUGUGAUGGAAACACGCCAGAGGCUGUUAGAACAAGAGGGAUAAGGAGAAGCGUCUAAAGCACAGGACUGUGGGUACCUGCCUGGAGCAGCCCUUGAAAGGGAACAGUCUGAUUGGUGGUCCCCGUGUGCAGCUCCGGGAAGAACUGGGAAACACAUCACUUGACCUACGUCGGCUGCCUCCACCCCGAAGACCUGCUUUCUCCUUUUUUAAGGCAAAGCCCGGGGGAAGGUGAACAGCGCUGCCAGCCCCUUGGGUUGCCCACAGAGUUCUGGUACUAGGGGUUGUUUCAGGCCUUUAAAAGCACUCAGUGUUCCAGCCGAGUGGACUCCUAUCCUGGAAUAACAUGGGGAAUCUUUUGUCUUGUAUUCACCAUCAACUCCCCAGGCACAGUGCCCCAUGAAAUUGCCCCUAUACAGAACAUGGCCUCCGUGACCCCCAGAUUGUCCGUUUUGGCCUCCAUUCCCACCUCCUUUAGAGCACGGGUACAGUGCUGAAGAAUAUAGUUGGUAAAGUUAACCCAAGAGUCAAAUGGAAGAAUAAAGCAACCAAGCAGCC